AAUCGCUUACGUCACACGUACGUGUGCGCACAGGUCGCAUGGUCCGUGGUCGCGGUCGUUGCGGGUGUUAAAUGGAACGCACCCCAGGUACAUGUCCGCGAUUCUCGAUUGUGCGCGUCAUUCCUGGUCACUCGCGUUCCAUUCUGGAUUCAUUGAGAUUUUUAUCUCAUCUUAUCUUAUUGUCAGUCAAGAUGCCACACAGCUGUAUCAUACUGUAAACACUUAAACGCGUUAGGGCGUUUAUUAACUGUGCAAUAAUAAACACUUCUGUCAUCUUAGUGACAGCCUAUAUUUGAAAAUUUAGGGUUAAACAUAAAAUUAAAAGAUAAAAAAUAGUGAGCCUACGCGAUGGCGCAAGAAGUGAAGAAAGCAAAGAAAAAAAAUGCGCAGAAAGAAAGCACAAAGCAAGAAGAAUCUAAGACAGAAAAAUUAAGCAAGGUAGAAAAGUCAACCAAGACAGAAAAAUCAACUAAGACAGAAAAAUCUAUCAAGCCUGCCGAGUUGAAAUAUGGACCUCUUGUGUCCUUUCCAUAUCAAAGAAUAUGGUCCAGAUGCAUUCUGAUACUUGGAGUACUAUUGAUAGUUAUGUAUAACAGUAGGCAGGGCAAAGAAGUAUUCUUAGCUAAGCAGAAAGAUGUGUUGGUAAGUCGUACACAGAACGUUGAGUGCUCUGUGGAUUAUAGAGACGAGAUAGAAAAAUACUCUGGCUGUGUACCAGAAAAAUGUGGCAGAAUUGUUACUGACAAGCUGGUUUCGACAACAGAGGUAGAUGUUUUACUGAAACUAGCAAAAAAUGGAUUCGAUUUGGGUGUAUCUAAUAGUGGUAUAAGUAAUCUGCAUCUUGAUUCUGGCACUCUCACCGAGGACGACGGCUAUAUUAAUGUCUAUGAGCACCCGGCAGCAAAAAAGAUAUUUAACAGUGUGGAUUUAGCAAUUUAUAGAGUAGUGAAAUCGAAGAUACAACAUAUGGUGGCACAUAGUUUUGGCAUAGAUAUGGAUAAGAUAUAUCUAACCGGGCCCACUUUUUUCUCGCGGGGGACUAAUAUGUUCGCAAAAACUGUAUACUAUGAGUACUGGCAUCCAUAUUUCGAUCAGGAGAGACACGAAUCGUUUCAUUACACGUCGUUGCUGUAUUUAAAUGAUUACAGUAAAGAUUUCGAAGGCGGUCGAUUUAUAUUUGUUGAUAAGAAUAAUGUCAAUUCAACAAUAGAGCCUAGAAAAGGCAGAGUAUUGAUUUACACGUCGGGAAGUGAAAACUUGCAUCUAGUCGAAGAAGUGAAAUCUGGUGUUCGUUACUGUCUAGUUGUGGCUUUCACGUGCGAUAAAAACGCUGCUAUAUCCGAUACACACUUUGGGAAUGGAUUAAUUUAAUAUCUUAUUGCAUUAAUAUUUCACCAUUUUGUUUACAUUACUUUUGUGAUCGAAGUGCACAAAGAAAAUGUCUUACGUGCGAAUUGUAAGUAAAUUUUUUAUUUUUCCAAGUUAUAUUGAAUUUAUAAUCCAACAGUAUUAUAAUAGUAUUAAAAGAAAAUAAAUUUAUUGUUUGUAUGGGGUUGUUUUUGGAGAUUUUUUGGAUUAAAUCACCACCUGACAAUAAUAUCGAAUAUAAAACAUAUGAAAUAAAUGAUCUUAAUUAGCUUGCAAUAUAUUUUCAACUUUUAAGCAUAUCAUUUUCACAUAUGAUACGUAAGCGAAAAAUAAAACAAAACAUAUUACGUAUCAUACGGAUACUUAUAACAAAAUCUAUCAUAAAUUAAGUCUUAAUAAUUUAGGAGUAAACAUUAAAAUCAGUAAUUAAGAGCCGUGUUAAGGAAUGUUUUGGUAUAAUUUUGUCAUUAUGUACAAUCUCAUCACAAUACUGUGAUGAAAAGCACUAGAGAAAUCUAUUAAGCUAGAGAAUAGGAGAUCAACCCACUUAAAAAAAUAUCAUUAAUUACUAAGUGGAAAACAAUAACGCGAUGCACUAAUUAUUACAUAAUUUAAAUAAAUAAAUAUGCGCAUAUAUGCGCAUAAGUUUAAUAAUGGACGUUGAUCCACUUUGGAAAUCAUCACAAAGAUUUGCGUAGUCUUAAAAAAAAAAUUCCUAAAUUGAUCUCGUGUAUUUAAAAAUUACAAUAAUUUAUUAUAUUCAAUUGAAAUGAAAUGGUACAGAUACCAUUCUAAGAUAAUGCAUUUUUUUCUCUUGUCUUGCGCGUUUUUCACUUUGUACAAUCUGCUUGUUUGCGAUUAUGUGAACUUCCUAAUUAAAGUAUAUGACGAGGAACAUAUACGCAAGAGAACUCUAUGCAACUAAUCCAUAUUAAUCUAUACAGCACAGAAUCUUUUACAAGACACAUUGUGGUAACGUGGCAAUCUUGCAAAUUGCAAUGCAUUGUCACGGAGACAAUUUAGAGGCAAUUUGGAAUUGCCAAAUUCCAACAAUCAUAUGCAUGAUAUUGCAAUCUUUUAAAAGGCGUGCACUUCAAUGUCGCUGCAAUUCUACAAUAGUUUUGCGACAACAUUAAGCAACAUAUUUACAAUAUCGCAAUUUUAUAAUGAAAUAAUAUCAUCAAUGUCUUUGCAAUCUUUCUGUCUGUAUGGGGAUUAUUAAGUUCCGCCGGCAUCGCGCCAUGUCACGUAACUAUUUUCGUGCGUAAUAAAAUAUACGCAGGUUCCUAACUUAGCUACGUGUUCAAUUCUUUAAAAAAAA